GUGUCGCUGCAUUAAGCAGCUCAGAGAUCCGUGGAUGCUGACAGACGCACAGCUGCUGAUGAGAAGGGGGAGACAGAGAAGACAAGGUUCUAACACUCCAGAAGAGAGAAAGAGGAGGAGAGCAGAUGUACUGUCCGUGUUCAUCAUCACAGUGAUUGGGGAUGGGAGGACAGCAGCGUUUCUGCGGCUACAGAUAGACGGUUUUCAUAAGGUAACGGAAAAUGGGAGCACAAUGUAUCCUGAAAGGAAGCUUUGACAGGAACCUUGUGAUUGCAUCGCACUCUGCAAUGCCUGUGAGACUCAACGAGACAACAUGAGUGCCGGAGCCAAGCAACCUAUAGGUGGAGACUCGAUUUGAUUUGACCUGCCAAAAAGCUGCAUUUCAAUCAACAAAUGGAGUGUUUUGUAUUUCCCGUCUGUUCAAGUGGCCUUACCUUGCUUUUGAUCAGAGCUCUGCACUUAUUACAACCUGGAACAGAUGGGCAAUAAGAUGAGCACAAUUGAAUUCUAUAUGAUUGCCCAAUAAGAAUCCUGAGAAUCAGGGUGUACAUUGAGAGCAAUUACUGCAUAUCCUGUUUUCUUUUAGCUAAGAGGAAAGUAAUGAUAAAUGUUGGUAAAGAUAAGAGAGAGCCAGGAGAUUCAAGGAUAUAUGGACUGUGAGAAGAAGGAACAAUGGACAUUUUCUUUCUUGGAUGAAAGUAACAAAAACAUAUAUUAUAUUCAGUAUAUAUUAUAUAUACUCUUUUCUGUGGAUUGUCAUAGAAACCAAAAUGACACGAGAGAGCUGAAGUCCUGACACUGCUUCCCGGCUAGUUGCUGUUUAAUUAGCUACUGUUGACCAAGGUUAUGUUUUAGGUCUUGCUCUUUGGUAAUCUGUGGUAUUACAAAUUACAAGAAGCCCAACAUUUGGCUUCACUACAGCCCUCUAUAGCACCAUUGACUAGCAUCAUUCAAACUUUAAGUUAGCAUCACACACCUACCAAAAGUGACAAUGGAUUUCAAUGGGAGCCAGGACUAUGGGUCCUAUCCAACAGGGCUGCCCUAUAACACAAGCAUGGACUAUGAGGACUACUACCAGGAGCCUGAUGCAAGUAAAAUCAUCAUUCCAUCCAUCUAUGCUCUUGUCUGCUGUGUAGGUCUUACUGGCAAUGCCAUGGUCAUCUACGUCAUUCUGAAAUAUGCCAAAAUGAAAACAGCCACUAACAUUUACAUCCUCAACUUAGCAAUUGCUGACGAGUUGUUCAUGUUAAGUGUUCCUUUUCUGGCAACAUCCGCUGCUAUCCGUCAUUGGCCUUUCGGGUCGCUGAUGUGUAGGUUGGUUCUGAGCGUAGAUGGUAUCAAUAUGUUUACAUCAAUCUUCUGCCUGACUGUGCUGAGUGUAGACCGUUACAUAGCAGUGGUCCACCCUAUUAAGGCUGCCCGCUACCGCAGACCCACUGUUGCCAAAGUAGUCAACGUGUGUGUAUGGGGACUGUCACUCAUAGUCAUCCUACCAAUCAUUAUCUUCGCAGACACCGUACCGGCACAGGACGGUGGUGUGGACUGUAACUUCUUGUGGCCUGAAUCGGCAUGGUCAGAAGCAUUUGUGGUCUAUACCUUCCUGUUGGGGUUUCUGCUGCCGGUCGGGGCCAUUUGCUUAUGCUACUGUUUAAUGGUGGCCAGGAUGAGAGCAGUUGGGCUAAAAGCAGGCUGGCUUCAACGACGGCGCUCGGAGAAGAAGAUCACCCGGAUGGUGCUGCUAGUUGUGGCGGUGUUUGUUCUUUGCUGGAUGCCCUUCUACAUCGUCCAACUGGUCAGCGUUUUCCACCGGCCCCCAGACCCCAUGGUGACUCAGCUUUUUGUAAUUCUCAGCUACGCCAACAGCGGCGCCAAUCCUAUCCUGUACGGCUUUGUGUCCGACAAUUUCCGGCGUUCCUUCCAGCGCAUUGUGUGUUUCCGGUGGCUGGAGUCUGGGCUGGAUGGGGAACAAGUGGAUUAUUGUGCUGUAGCUUUGAAGAGACAAGCAACAUGUAACCCUCUGGAUUUUCCCAAGGACUGUAUGGCUUCUGAUAUGGUGUUUCGCAAUGGGACAUAUACCUCCCGUACAACCACAGUGUAACCAGAAAAGGGGCUAAAACAAGUAGCCACGACCUAAAAAGGAACAUGGGAUUAUAGAAGCGAGAUUGAUAUUUAAUUUUGAUUCAUAUAUAUAUUAUAAAAACUAAACUACAUAUGUUUAAAAUAUAUCAACAUGUAAACUCCUUAAUGUGGGAUCAUGAGAAUUUUUGGACACGUGCCACAAAAUUGCAAAACCCUGAAGAACAACUAAUGGAUGGGCAGAAAAUGUAAAGCUAAAAUGCCGAUGUGGCCGGCUGAUAUAUUGAGAAAAAAAACUGACAAAGAAAAUGAUGUAUAUAACUGUUACCAAUUUUCUGUUUUCAAGUGGGCAAGUAUGUAAAGCACAGAUGAAUGUAAGCACAAAAUGGUGAUUCUUAUUAACAUUUUGAUUCUGUUACGUGACUUAUAGACAGCCCAAAUGCUGGGGAUACAAGGGUGAGGAAAUGUUCCCACUGCUUAAUAAACUCCUGAAAACUCUGGUGUCACAGAUUAAACUGGACAUUUUACAAGAAGUGGCUGCAGUGCAUCUGGUGGAAUCACAAGCAUUGUCUAGAGUGGCCGCGAUCAGCUCCAUCGCAUCACUGCUAUCGGAAUCCCUAUUAGCAUUGGGUAUGAAUCCAAAAUAUUAUCCAAUAGGUGCUUUUGCUUUUCGCUUUGACACAAAUUCCUCCGCGAUCGUUUAGUCAGUCAAUUCACUCCCAUCACGUGAUAAGUGAACACUGCUGCUUCUGUAUGGAGCAGACUCAUUCAUUUUAUAAUAGUCAGUCGUCCGACUAAAUAAUGACUAUUUUACAAAUUUGAGUUAUUUUAUACGCAAAAAUAAACGAAAUGGGUUUAUUUCUAUUUUUAAAAAAACAAGAAACAACAUGACAAUGUAGGCGGUGGGCAAGUAAUGUAAUCGGAAUAUGCCACCGUGUAACACCCGUAACAACGAUACCCCCUAAACCAAUUCCCAAUGUGAAAUACCAUGUUCGUUUGUCAUAAUGUUUAUUGCUAUAUUUACAGAUACACUCCAAUAAUCCGAUGGCACCCCUACAAUCCCCAAAUUCUACAGUUCACUUUAGUAACAGUCAAUGCAACUCAAUACUGCUGAUCAAAACUGCAGAUCUUUCAAAUUAAAAGCCAACAAUCCAUUUUGAUCAUACAUUGUUUAUCAAAUCAUGGUUUCUUUUUAUUGCAGUGCCCUAAUGACAAUAUUGUUUUUAUUACAUAUUUUCUAAAAUAGUCAUAUUGGUUUUCUCCCAUACCUUCAGGUUGAGUUUGUUUUUAUUACUUUAUACACAAUUUGUACCAUUUAAUUUUUUUUUUACAAAUAUUUCAAUUCAAGGAAUUUUAAAUAUUUAAUUUAAUAACCAGUUAUUUUGUUUACAAUUGUUAUAGCAUUCUUUUGAAGUAUCUUUACAGUUUAGCAAUAGACUGACAAAAUGUAUAUGUAGUUUACAACAUCAUUUAUGUGUUGUCAUUUCCAAAAUGUACAUUAAUGCUCCAUUUCAAUUUCAACUUAUAGUAUCAAAAGGUUGUUUGACAAAAGAAAUGUAUAUCAUCUGAAAUCAACAUAAAAUAAACAUAAGCUGUGAGCUGUGAGGAAAUAUAGGUGCUAUUGGGCAUUAUAAAAAAAUCAGGAAGUAUAUCUUCAAAUAAAUAUCUUAUUUAUUUGCCUUUAUAACAGCUUUGUCCAUAGAAUGGAAACAGUACCUAACGGGUAUUGUUUAAAUUUCACCACAUGUUGUUCAAAUCUCUCUUUCAAACUUUUAAAUGUAAUUGAUAUCUUAUAUGUAGUUGUUCCACGGAUUUGUACAACAUAAAAUUUAUGGGGAAAGUGUAACAAAAGCUUAAUUAUAUAGUACGCUAGUGUGCGUGUUUUACUUUUCAGUAGCACAAAAGACUGAUUUAAUAAUAUUAAGAAAAAUACUUGCGGUGUGGUGUGGGGGUGACGUACUGUGUGGGGCUUGUGUUGGCUCAGACAAAAGAAAGUUUUCUCCAGGCUUUCAAAUGAUGUUUGAUUCCUUCUGUGUACGUUCAUGUAUUUGCUGUAUCUAUAAUUAUUAAUUAUUUGUUGGUGAAUCUGUUUAAAUUGGAGGUUUGUCUUUACAAAUUGAGCUGAACAUGACAGAAAUGGCCAGAAAAAAAUAUGUGUAUGUUGAGUUCAUGUUUCUAAAUUACAAAGGCUCACAAAAUGAUCCUUUCACCUGUGAUUUCACUUUGUCAUUUUGUGUUUUGCAGCCUCUUGACAAGGUGAACGUUUUUGUUUUUUACAAUGAAAUGUUAAUUUUACGUUCAAACCUGAUAAAAAAUGAUUGUGUGUGGGA